CCCGCCCACGGGCCAGUCUGGUGAGCGGGGGCCAGUCUGGUGAGCGGAGCCCAGCCCCGGAGCCCGCCGGGUGCCCACCACCGCCACCGCAAGGCCGCCCGGCCUGGGCCACCGCGUCGCCAUGGCUGGGGGCCGUGGGGCCCCCGGGCGCGGCCGGGACGAGCCGCCGGAGAGCUACCCGCAGCGGCAGGAGCAUGAGCUGCAGGCUCUGGAGGCCAUCUACGGCGCCGACUUCCAGGACCUGCGACCGGACGCGUGCAAAUCGGUCAACGAGCCCCCUGAAAUCAAUUUAGUUUUGUACCCUCAGGGCCUGACUGGUGAAGAAGUAUACGUGCAGGUGGAUUUGAGGGUUAGAUGCCCACCAACGUACCCAGACGUAGUCCCUGAAAUAGAGUUAAAGAAUGCCAAAGGUCUGUCAAAUGAAAGUGUUAAUUUGUUAAAAUCCCACCUGGAGAAAGUGGCCAAAAAACAUUGCGGAGAGGUGAUGAUAUUUGAACUGGCCGACCACGUGCAGUCAUUUCUCAGUGAGCAUAACAAGCCCCCUCCCAAGUCUUUCCAUGAAGAAAUGCUGGAAAGGCGGGCUCAGGAAGAGCAGCGGAGGCUGUUGGAGGCCAAGCAGAAGGUGGAGCAGGAGCAACGUGAAAUCCUUCAUGAGAUUCAGAGAAGGAAAGAAGAGAUAAAAGAAGAGAGAAAAAGAAAAGAAAUGGCUAAGCAGGAGCGUUUGGAAAUUGCUAGUUUGUCAAACCAAGAUCAAAACUCUAGGAAAGACCUAGGAGGACACAGACCAGCUGCCAUUCUACACGGAGGCUCUCCCGACUUUGUGGGAAAUGGUAAACAUCGGACCAACUCCUCUGGAAGGUCGAGGCGAGAACGUCAGUAUUCUAUAUGUAGUAGCGAAGAUUCUCCUGGCUCUUGCGAGGUCCUGUAUUUCUCUAUGGGAAGUCCUGAUCAGCUCAUGGUUUACAAAGGGAAAUGCAUUGGCAAUGAUGAGCAGCUUGGAAAAUUAGUUUACAAUGCUUUGGAAACGGCCACUGGAAACUUUGUCUUGUUGCAUGAGUGGGUCCUUCGGUGGCAGAAAAAAAUGGGUCCGUUCCUUACCAGUCAAGAGAAGGAGAAGAUUGAUAAGUGCAAAAAGCAGAUUCAGGGGGCAGAAACGGAAUUCAGCUCACUGGUAAAAUUGAGCCAUCCAAAUGUCGUACGCUACUUUGCAAUGAAUCUCAAAGAGCAAGAUGACUCCAUCGUAGUGGACAUUUUAUUGGAGCACAUUAAUGGGGUCUCCCUCGCUGCACACCUGAGCCACUCAGGCCCCGUCCCCGUGCAUCAGCUCCGCAGGUACGCAGCUCAGCUCUUGUCAGGCCUCGAGUAUUUGCACAGCAAUGACGUGGUGCACAAGGUUCUGCGGGCAUCGAAUGUCUUGGUGGAUGCAGAGGGCAAUAUCAAGAUUACGGACUACAGCAUUUCUAAGCGCCUGGCAGACAUUUGCAAGGAGGACGUGUUUGAACAAAGCCGAGUGAGUUUUAGCGACAGUGCCCUACCUUACAAAACGGGCAAGAAAGGGGAUGUUUGGUGUCUUGGCCUUCUGCUGCUCUUCCUCAGCCAAGGACAAGAAUGUGGAGAGUACCCUGUGACCAUCCCUCGUGACUUACCAGCUGACUUUCAAGAUUUUCUGAAGAAGUGUGUUUGCUUGGACGACAAGGAAAGAUGGAGUGCCCAGCAGUUGCUGAAACACAGCUUUAUCAGUCCUCAGCCGAAAAUGUCUUUAUUGGAACAAAGUCCUGAAGAUUCUGGAGGACAAGAUUAUGUGGAGACUGUUAUUCCAAGUAAACAGCUGCCCAGUGCAGCAUUCUUCAGCGAGACACAGAGACAGUUUUCCCGGUAUUUCAUCGAGUUUGAAGAAUUACAGCUUCUCGGGAAAGGCGCCUUUGGAGCUGUCAUCAAGGUGCAGAACAAGCUGGACGGCUGCUGCUACGCGGUGAAGCGCAUCCCCAUCAACCCAGCCAGCAGGCAUUUCCGCAGGAUCAAGGGCGAGGUGACGCUGCUGUCGCGCCUGCACCAUGAGAACAUCGUGCGCUACUACAACGCCUGGAUCGAGAGAUACGAGCGGCCAGUGGGCUCGGGGAUGCUGCCCCUGGACUCGGACUCGGACUCACGGCCCCAGGCACGCGAUGGGCAAGCUUCAUCCCAGCCGCCCGCGCACAACAGCGGCCCCGACGGCCCGGGCAGCGUGGAGGGCGCUGCGCCCCCGCCGAUCCUCAGCUCCGUGGAGUGGAGCACGUCGGGCGAGCGCUCGGCCAGCGCCCGCUUCCCCGCCGCCAGCCCGGGCUCCAGCAGCGACGAGGACGUCGACGAUGAUGACGAGGACGAGGACGAGGACGGGGGCGUCUUCCGGCAACCCUUCCUACCUGCUUCAGAUUCUGACAGUGAUAUCAUCUUUGAAGAUGAGAACAGUAAGAGUCAGAAUCAGGAUGAAGACUGCAAUGGGAAGAGCAGUUGCCAUGAAAGCGAGCCAUCGGCGACCGUGGAAGCCGUGCACUACCUGUACAUCCAGAUGGAGUACUGUGAAAAGAGCACUUUGCGUGACACCAUUGACCAGGGGCUGUAUCAGGACACCGUCAGACUCUGGAGGCUUUUUCGAGAGAUUCUGGAUGGAUUGGCAUAUAUCCAUGAGAAAGGAAUGAUUCACCGGGAUUUGAAGCCUGUCAACAUUUUUUUGGAUUCCGACGACCAUGUGAAAAUAGGUGAUUUUGGUUUAGCGACAGACCAUCUAGCCUUCACUGCUGACGGCAAGCAAGAUGAUUCGGCAGAUCACUUGACUAAAUCAGACCCUUCAGGUCAUUUGACUGGCAUGGUUGGUACUGCUUUAUACGUAAGCCCAGAGGUCCAAGGAAGCAGUAGACCCACGUACAACCAGAAAGUGGAUCUCUUCAGCCUGGGAAUUAUCUUCUUUGAGAUGUCCUAUCACCCCAUGGUCACAGCCUCAGAAAGAAUCUUUGUUCUCAACCAACUCAGAGAUCCCACUUCGCCGAAGUUUCCAGAAGAUUUCGAUGAUGGAGAGCAUACAAAGCAGAAAUCUGUCAUCUCCUGGCUGUUGAACCACGAUCCUGCCAAGCGGCCCACAGCCACUGAGCUGCUCAAGAGCGAGCUGCUGCCCCCACCCCAGAUGGAGGAGUCCGAGCUGCACGGAGUUCUGCACCACACCCUGGCCAACGUGGACGGGAAGGCCUACCGCACCAUGAUGGCCCAGAUCUUCUCCCAGCGCAUCUCCCCAGCCAUCGACUACACCUACGACAGCAACAUGCCGAAGGGCUUCUCGAUCCGUACGUCUAAGAUACAGCAACACGUGUGUGACACCAUCGUCCGCAUUUUUAAAAGACACGGAGCUGUCCAGUUGUGUACCCCACUACUGCUUCCCCAAAAUAGGCAAAUAUACGAGCACAAUGAAGCCGCCUUAUUCAUGGACCACAGCGGGAUGCUGGUGAUGCUUCCUUUCGACCUGCGGAUUCCUUUUGCAAGAUAUGUGGCAAGAAAUAAUAUAUUGAAUUUGAAACGAUACUGCAUAGAGCGCGUGUUCAGACCUCGCAAAUUAGACCGAUUUCAUCCCAAAGAGCUGCUGGAAUGUGCAUUCGAUAUCGUCACGUCUACCACCAACAGCUCUCUGCCCACUGCCGAAGUCAUCUACACGAUCUGUGAGAUCAUCCAGGAGUUCCCGGCACUUCAGGAAAGAAAUUACAGUAUUUACUUGAACCAUACCAUGUUACUGAAAGCAAUCCUCUUACACUGUGGGAUCCCAGAAGAUAAACUCAGUCAAGUCUGUGUCAUCCUGUAUGAUGCUGUGACGGAAAAGCUGACGAGGAGAGAAGUGGAAGCCAAGUUUUACAAUCUGUCUUUGUCGUCUAAUAGUCUGUGUCGACUCUACAAAUUUAUUGAGCAGAAGGGAGAUCUGCAAGAUCUAACACCAGCAAUAAAUUCAUUAAUAAAACAGAAAACAGGCGUUGCCCAGCUGGUGAAGUACGGCUUAAAAGACCUAGAGGAGAUUGUUGGGCUGUUGAAGAAACUCGGCAUCAAGUUACAGGUCUUGAUCAAUUUGGGCUUGGUUUACAAGGUGCAACAGCACAACGGAGUCAUCUUCCAGUUCGUGGCGGUCAUCAGACGGAGGCAAAGGGCUGUAUCUGAAAUCCUUGCAGCUGGUGGCAGAUAUGACCUGCUGUAUGGGCCCCCCCACCAAGCGCCAGCAGGGUGGCAUCAGAGAAGACUAAAUGGAAGCUAAGACUUUGAUAUCUGCCUGGGGUAGUGCCCCCCAACCCCCAAACAGUGCCAGUGGAGGAACCGAAGGAUUACAGACCCUGAUCUCCACCCAGGCAGUAACGAGGCCACGCUCCCCACAGUACCAGUAAAGGCAUCUUUCAGGCAUGUUAUCGUAAUAUCUUUUACAUCUUGCCCUCUUUUUGCUCUCCUUCUAGGACUCUGAUGACAGAUGUUCAAGUUUUUGUUAUAUCCCUGAGGUUUUUUAUCGCUUACUUCUCUGCUGAGACUUUCUAAUUUUUUUUGGCUUAAGCGUGCUCGUCAUGUUUGUUGAAGCAUUUUUGUGAUGGUUGCUUUAAAGUCCUUGUCAGAUAUUUCCAACAUCUGUGUCAACCUGUUUUUGGUGUCUGUUGAUUGUCUUUUCUUACACAUUUUGAGAUCUUCUUGGUUGUUGCCAUGAUGCAUGAUUUUUACUUGUACCCUGGAUAUUUUAAGUAUUAUGAGACUCUAGCUUAGCUAGAUCUUUGGUUUAAUAAGCCUCUUCUGAGAGCAUGCCAGUAGGGGCAGGGGGUGCCACCUUGCUACUGUUGGUCGAGGGUAAAGACUCAGGUUCCUUACCCUGCUUGCUUCAACAUCCCUAGUCUGGGAGGGGUGCCUUGUUCCUGUUUCCCACAUGCCUCCACUGGUACUGUGGUGAGGGGUGGAGGAAGUGGCAGGAGACUGCUGGAGAGCAGGGAAAGUUCCAGCCUCCCACUCAGCCGCCUCAGGCGUCACCCCCACGGGGAGGUGGCCUCAUUACUGCUUGGGCGGAGGUGAGGGCCUGUAAUCCUUCGGUUCCUGGCCUCCAGUGACACUGUUUGGAGGGCAGGGGGCAAAUACCUCAGGUAUCAAGUCCUGGCUCCCAUUUAGUCUUCUCUGAUGCCACCCAGGUGGGGCUUGGUGGGAGAGGGGGCCUCCUUACAUCUGGGUAAAGGUGUGGGCCCCCACUCAGCCUUUGCUGGUGGGGGCGGCCUAUGCUUCUUCCUGUGGUGUUCGGCUGGAGCAGGGUAGGGGUUAUAUAAACAUUUUCAGCCCUGCCAGGUUGCCCUUUUCUUGGUCUUCUGGCUAGAGUGAGCAGGUUUCCUGGGGGCCUUUUGUUGGUUCUCUUUGGCACUUCAGGCUGUCAGCAUGUAUUACCCUCAGAUCCUUUGGUUCCUGCACCCAUGCGUGCCCUCUCUUCAUGUUUGUUUUAUAAAUAAUGUCCAGGAUUUUUAGCUGUACUUAGUGGGAGGAAUGGAAGUGUUCCUACCUGUCUGGUCCAGAAUCAGAACCUACCUGUGUAAUUUUAAAUUAUCUAGUGACAUAAAGCAAAUAAAAAGAAACAGGUGGAAUUUAUUUUAAUAAUAUAUCUUAUUUAACCCAAAUAUGUUGUUUCAACAUACAGUCCAAAUUUUCAAAAUUUUUGAGCUAUUUUACAUUUUUUUCUAAGCCUUUGUAAUCAGU